GAUACUGUUUGAAUAAAUCUCUUCUAUCAAAAAAAAAAAAAAAAAUCUCUUCUCAGAAUGCCAGACUAGAGCUCGUACUCCUCUCCUCCACGCCCGACCGGCGACCGCACCCUAGCCUUUCAUGCACCUUCCCAACUUUUGAUCGGUUCUCAGUAACGUUGCACGGAGCUAGUCGGAGGUAGAGGCGGAGACAAUGGGUCCGACGUGCUUGUCGUGUAUGGAGAGGUACUACGAAAGCGACGGGGGGACUUGCAAGGUGUGCUACGAGGAGGCCAACGAGACGAAGGAUGAGCUUAAGAGGGAGAUCGAGGAAUUGAAGGCCAAGGUCGCUUUUUUAAGGUUCUGGUCUCCCUUCGACCACCACAGCCGGCCCAAUGGGCCCUGCUUCACCGACGUCGUUCUUGUCGCCACCUCCGAUGACCACUCUGCUGAGAUCGCCGCUCCCGUCCCUGCCCAUAAGGCCCUCUUGGUUAGCCGUUCCCCAGUAUUCAAAGCAAUGCUUGAGAAUGAGAUGGAAGAAAGCCUGAGUGGCACCAUCAAGAUUGCUGAUGUGUCAUAUGAUGCCCUUCGUAGCUUUGUCAACUAUUUAUACACUGCCGAAGUGUCAUGCGUUGAUGAGCAAGUAGCCUGUGAACUUUUGGUUCUGGCUGAAAAAUACCAGGUGAAGCAUCUCAAGGCCUAUUGUGAGAAGUUAUUGGUGUCCAAAUUGAACUGGGACAAUUCCGUCAUGAGCUAUUCCUUUGCACACCAGUACAAUUCGAAGCUUAUAUCCGAUGCGGCGUUGUCCUUUAUCACAGAUAACAUGGACAAGCUUACUAAAAAGGAGGAGUAUGUGGAGCUCGUGGAGAAGGAUCCCCGGCUCGUAGUGGAAAUCUAUGAAGCUUAUCUCUCAAAACAGGUUAAUACUGCUGCCCGCUAGGAUUUCUUCUGCAUGGGCAAGUGCAAGGGUUUCUUGUAUGCUGAUGGGAAGCAAUGGUUACUGUCCAACUUGGCAUAAUGUAGAGAUUAACUCAUUAUAUAUAUGUGUGUUUAUAUGUAUAACUAAUAAUUUGUGAUACUCAAAUGUGGGUCUUUUUGCCCAUUUUAUUUUAGGGAGUGUUGAAAGAGUUGCUUUGCUCCAAAAUCGCAUAUAUUGUUGCAGUCCUCGGUGAAUACCGUGUAAAUCUGAAACUGAACAUUUGAAUAACAUGUUGACUUCUAGUAUAUCUAUGAAAUAAGGUUUGAAUUC